CCAUGCCAGAUUCCCAAACCGUGACCGUCUUUGAUGCGUUCACACCGGCGCCGACUACCGGCGGCUCCAGUCAAGCGUGAUUUCCGCAGAGACGCCCACAUGUUGCCGGAAUCCGUUGCGUUCGUCCGGCGGUUCCUCUUCUUCCUCGCCGUCUUCCUCUGUUGCUUGCUCCUCUACCGAGACUCCGACGCCCUCCGCUUUCUCCACCGCUUCUCUCCUUAUCCCUCUCCUUCCUUCACCGCCUUUUAUUCCCCGCCGGUUGGUGAGGAACGUGGGAUCGAAGAGGUUCUGAUGGAUGCUGCAAUGGAAGACAACACGGUGAUCUUGACGACGUUGAAUGAAGCAUGGGCAGCUCCGAAUUCGAUUAUUGAUCUUUUCCUUGAGAGCUUUAGGAUUGGAGUUGGCACUCGUAGGCUCUUGAAUCAUUUGGUUAUCAUUGCCUUGGAUCAAAAGGCAUACCGGCGUUGUUUGCAGAUACAUACUCAUUGCUUUGCUCUUCACACUGAGGGAGUAGAUUUUCGUGAGGAGGCGUACUUCAUGACCCCUAAAUACUUGAAGAUGAUGUGGGCUAGGAUUGAUUUUCUCCGCUCUGUUCUUGAGAUGGGGUUCAAUUUUGUUUUCACGGAUGCUGAUAUUAUGUGGUUCAGGGAUCCGUUUCCGCGGUUUUAUUCCGAGGCAGAUUUUCAGAUUGCAUGUGAUCAUUUCUUGGGCAGCUCCGAUGAUUUGCAGAAUAAACCUAAUGGAGGGUUUAACUAUGUGAAGUCUAAUAACAGGUCAAUAGAAUUCUACAAACAUUGGUAUGCUUCCCGUGAAACCUUCCCUGGACUCCAUGAUCAGGAUGUUCUCAAUAUGAUCAAGUUUGAUAACUCCACCUUGAAUAUUGGAUUGAGAAUGAAGUUCCUCGACACUGCAUUCUUUGGUGGAUUUUGUGAACCUAGUAGAGAUUUAAAUGAAGUUUGCACAAUGCAUGCGAAUUGUUGUUUUGGCCUUGACAGCAAGCUUCACGACCUUACAAUAUUGGUUCAGGACUGGAAAGAAUUUUCAUCCCUGCCACCAAGAUUGAAGAGAGCUUUCAUAUUUCCAUGGGCGGUUCCACAGAAUUGCAGUCUUGAUUCUCUCCGUCACUAUGAUGCACCAGAGAGUGACACUCAACCUGGUUUGGAAGAACCGGAGAGUGACACUGAAGAGAGUUCGGUAGCGUGAAUUGAGGCAUAAAUAGAUUUUGAAGCUACUCCACAGGUGGUUUCCAGUUUCGAAUCCCUGGACCUCCAUAUUUUGGCAGGUCUUCAAUUAUCAGAAGAUUUGAAAGGUGUUUCAAAAAGUUGGAAAAAGGAAAGAAUUGAUCGCAAACCAUGCAUUCGUUGGGGCGUGGUAAAGUUUAGUGAGUACAGGAAAGCUGCUAUUUGAGAGUAAGAACCAUUUAGACUCCAGACUAGCCCUGUACAAGAAAUCUACUAUUGGUCGCUAAUCAUUGAUCUAGUGGAUCUCGAAGGUUUAGUUGUAGCAGUAGUAUGUUCAGCAUGGCCUAGGUAUCAAAACUUCUUAACGGUCAAUAAAUAACAAGUUGCUCCACAUUUGUAAACACAUGCGGCUCAUUCUUUAUCU